AUGUCUUCCUCAUACUCACAAGGAAGCAAGAAUGCUUCAAAACAAACAGGGAACAAUAGCGGCCAGCAUAUACCGCCUAUGGUCCCUUUGCCUCGGAGGCAGGAUUUAAACCUGGACGACCUGCGCGGUUUUGAGCCCGGACGCCUCGACUUGCGAUGGAUCACACCAUCCCAGAGACUAGACGACCAAUUCUUCACGGAACACUAUGCUUCUGUUGCCUCCAAUAUCAAGUAUCUAGUCAAAAAUCUCUUCAGGUGCGGAGAUCUUCCUCCAGAUGGUUCCGUCUGGGCUGCAACCCGCAAAUAUCAUGGCGAAAAGUUCCAUCUUGAGCGUAUCGUCGGCAUGGUCGCUCGGCCAGACCCAAUGGACCCAACUCCGUGGGAGGACCUCAUGACAAGCAAGGCUAAACGGUUCUGCGUGAUGCGGGCCGUCAUCAUGCUAGUCCUUGAAGAGCAGGUGUUCUCGGAGCUUCUUUUCGGGGCGACCAAGAAACAGUCCGAGCAGCUUCAUGCCCAGGACUCUGACUAUUGUCACGAUGGAGGCAUACGGCGCUCAAGGCUCAGAUCAACACUUGUGGAGAUGAUGCUCGGCCACUCUCACGGCAUGCCGCAAUGUUUUUGGCCGAGUGUUGACAAGGUAGCCAUGAGGCUGUUAACGCUCAUCUUCCCAGUACUGAACUGGGUCAGACGAACAUGGCCACCCGACCAGGACAUGCCCGACAUCAAAACGAUCUACCAGGAGAUACACAACUGUCUGGCGUAUGCCUGUUGGUUCGCAGUGCACAAGCAGCGCGCUUCUUCCGUGCUCGAAUUCACAUGGCUUCACCCGGGCGACCAGUACUGUCCUGACCAGAUCGAACUGUGUCCAGCAGGGCUCCAACGCGCUCUUGCGGCCUCCGCAGACGCCUCCUCAGCCUUGGGAUCAAAUACUCAAAACGCAUCGCCAGCUAGGAUUGCGAGGGUAAUGAUAUGCGUCGUCCCUCGUCUGGACAUUAUCAAGUCAGUUGAGUGCGACGGAGAGGCGGUUGGCCAUACCAUCACUACGCUUGCGGACACUCGUGUGGUCUACUAUCUCGGGUUGAUGGAUCCGGACGCCGACGACGAGGCCCUCUUGCUUUCCGGCGUUUCCUCAAUGAGUUAG